AUAUUAUUCUAAGACACCUGUUAUGUAUUGAGCUAUAUACAUAAUACCGGAAACAAAUAUUUGUCAUAAGAAUGUGAAACGAAUGUAUUAAUGACAUUAAAUUCACGAAGUUUAUGUGGUUUUAACUUUCCUUCACUGAACUAGAACUAUGUCGACAAAGAGAGACAUACAAGCAUUCGCCUCCUUAGUUACUCGAAACGACACCAAGGGAUGCAAAGAAAUACUUCUAUCAUCAAAUUACAACACUAAAGAAAAACUAGUUAACUCAAUAAUAAAAGGCUAUAAAACUGUCCUGCAUAUGGCUGCUGAUCAGAAAGUUGUACCUGAAAUAUGGAACUUAAUCUUACCGUAUGCAUCUGAAAUUAAUUUGUUCGAAGGUAUACAAAGUCCUCUGCAAAAAAUUAUUCCCUAUGCAGAUCCAGAACAGAACAGAAAAUACUUCACAUUAGGCUUUCUCCAACCAAUCUAUCAAUUCCAUAAAAUCAGAAGCUGGUUAGAAAUGACAAAAAAUGUGACAAGUGAGAACGUAAAAACUUACAGAAAUCAUUUCCUGUGUAAACUUUGUCGACUUCGAGGAAGUGAUGAACUUGGUAAUAUUUCAAAAACCGAUAUCAUAGAAUUUGCUGGGGAUCUGAUACAAACGUAUAAUACCGACCCAAAUGGCGACAGUGAACAUCGACCUUUACUUUGGGCCAUGGAGACAGCUAAUCUUCCUCUACUAUCUUUGUUUUUGUCAGUCGGAGCAGAUGCAAAUUGUAGAGAUGAUGAUGACUUUACACCUUUGUUGUACUCUCUAUUUCUACAGGGAAGUGAUGUGAGUCUCGAUAUAGUGCUGUUGUUAGUUAAACAUAAUGCAGACAUAAAUAUAUCGGAGCCGGAAGGAAUCUUUACAGCGUUUCAUAAUUUGUUGUUACUAUUGACACCUGAAGAUCUCAACAUUUUCAUGAAAAAAUGUUCUCCUAAGGUCAAAUUAUCAUCAAAUUGUGCAUUACCGCUUCCUCCAAUACACGGAUUGUUGGUUCGCGGCCUUUCUGAUUCCAUAUACCGAAUGGACAAAGAGAAAAUGCAAACAGACAUUAUAACCAAGGUUGAAAUAUUAUCUAAAUAUGGUCUUGACCUUUACCAAUCCGAUUUACAUGGUCGUACAAUUUUGCAUUAUGCAAGUUGGUUUAGAUUUGCACGUUUGUUGAAGUUUCUUUUGAAUGUAGGAUGUCGACCAUUUGUCAAAGAUGCAUUUGGUAGGACUUGUCUACAUUAUUCCAUUUACAUCCAUCGAGAAAUUACAAGAUAAAAAAUGAGGAGGAGGAAUUGGCUGCUUUAAAAUUGUUAUAUAAAAACAUGGAUAAGAAAGAUUUAAAUGUACAAGAUAAUUAUGGAAGACGUGUCCAACACCUGUCUUUAUUCGAAAACAACACCGCAGCAUUGAAUUACAUGGGUGUUUCUGGAUUUGAAAUGAAUGUUAUUGAUAACCAAGGGAAAUCACUUUUGGAUUAUGAUUCCUCAAACAUAUUAACAAAUGCAAUCUUGAUGGACCAGCAUUUUAAAUGGACAUGUAAUAAAGAACCACAACAAGAAAAUAUACUGCAUUAUUCUUGUUGCAAGACACUGGAAGAUGCAAAUGGAUGUACCAUAUUAUAUGAGAGAAAAUCUGUGCAUUGUGAAUCGACAGAUGUAAAGAGGGAAGACUUGAAAGGUGCAGAACUAGUAGAUUUUUUAAUGCAUGAUCAUAACCUUGGACCAUUAGUCAUGAAUAACAUUGAAAGCACGAUCUUUGUAGAUGUCACGAAACUAGUCAAUAAGAUAUCAGAACACUUAACCAAAAUCGAUACAAAUUUUCAAUCGAAAAUAGAAUUAGCAGGAAGUAUAAGUGAGGAAACAAAAAUUCUACCACUCGAUGAAUUUGACUUUCAGUUUCAUCUAAUCCCUCUAAGUCCUCGUUUUUACUUUGAUACCUUUGAGCAAGCAAAUGAAGUGGCAUUGAAAGAUAUCCGUAAAGAUAUGAAAGUGAAAAAAGAAGAUAUUACAGACAUUGUGCAUAAUGGGAAAUCAUUAAGCUGGAAUAUCUAUGAAACAUUUAAUUCCCACAUUUAUUCAGUACUUAAUUCGAAUGAUUUUUGGAAAGAUUCACCGUUUUAUUGGAAUUUUCUUCCAAUUGCAAAAUCUGUAGAAUGGAUACAAACAACCCUUGUCGUGGGGAGCUCACUCACAUCACCGCUUCGAUUAAAAUGGAUAGGAAUGGAAGCACGAGAUCUGACCAUAAAUAUUGAUUUAGUACCUGUUAUAGUUAAACAACACAUAUCUGACGUAAUUCAAAACUUGAUUCCCUCUCGGGUUACAAACUUUAUUACCCAUAGGGAAUACCAAUGGCAUGCAAUUUGCCGAAAUAGCGACUUUGCUCGUUUGUCGUUCCUAAAUGUAGAGAGAUGUAUAUUAAUGCGGCUUAUGACCGAAGUAAAAGAUGCAUAUAAAUUGACAAAGUCGUUGCGGAGUUUCUGUGAUUCAGCAUCAUAUUGCAGUCCCGAAAUCAUUACAUCUUAUAUGCUGAAAAAUGCUUUAUUCUUUGAACUUGACCCACAGCUGUCGUAUGGUCUUCUAAAUGACCAAAUGGUAUUUCAUAGCUGUUAUACACCAAGUCAUGAACUAGCAUUACGACUAAUGAGAUACAAUCUAGCCUAUUCAUUAAGAAACAGAACAGCUUACAUUCAAAUUUGGGCACUGAAAAUAUUACAAAGACUGAAAGUUUGGUUUGCUACUGAAAACUGUGCGUUCGUUUAUUGCCGCCCAACAGUCGAAUUUCCUGACAGCUAUGAAGUCCGUGACGAGUACAGGGAGAAUCCCUAUCUCAAAGCUUUAAGCAGGAUGACGGACCUCCUUCUAAGCACAUAAAAAGACAUAAUUGAUGCAAACAGAUGCAGUUCGUACUGUCGUAGGAAAGUUUUUGAUAUUAAAUAAUGUUAUUUUUCCCAGUAUUACUUUACAUAAAUAUUAUUUUUUGAAACGUUAAAUGUAUUUUAGAUGAGAAAAACUAUAAGAAAUUGAGGAAUUUCAAACAAGUGUUAAUUCAAAGUAUUGAAUACUAAUUUUACAGCUGAUAUGAUAUGUUUUGAUUUGACCCUAUUUAUUUCUAAACACAUUCAUUUGAACCAUAACUGAUUAAAAGUACAUGAGAUAGAUUUUUUUAGACAAACUAGUGUUGAAAUGAAUU